CCAAACGUUUUCAGUCGGUGCACGUUCGGCCUGUGACGACCUCGCAGCGCGACGGAGCUGACAGCCACCACUUUGCAGUCUCGCCGGUUCCUGAUGCGCAUGCUGCCUAUAAAUUUCUAUUCAUAUUGCUGGGUCCCUUUCAUGGGGCCACGCGGCCACACACCGGUGCUCGCGCAGACCCGAUACUCAACUCGGCGACGCGGCGUUCUUAAGUGGGGGGCCGAAUUCUGUGCGCUGUACUUACACAACUGGGUCCCUCGCGGCUGCCCGGACAGCAAAUGGCAGCGGCUCCGACGCAAACGCCGCGGAGCGCACUCCCGUAUGCGGCCCCUGCUAUGUCGCGAGCACGCGCGACGCUCCUCGCAACAAAGCUGGGUCCCUCACGCCCGGGGCCCCGCCCCCGCCCCGGCCCCGGAGGAUCGCCCGCGCGGCUAAGUCCGGUUUCUAUUAUUAUUCUUCUUAUGAUAUAGGGAUAAUAAUAAUAAUAAUCCCAACGCUGGCCCAUAGGGCCUAGCAUGUAUUAACGGGGCAACGCCUUCGCUGAUCAUCUCUCAACCCAGUUCGAGAGAAGGCGGGAAGUCACCACGACCACCUUAUCAUUUGCCGGUCCUGCCCACCGGUGGGAGCGGGGUGGAUUAAGCCCCUGGUGUCCUAUCCAUGUUCAGCUCGGAUGAUCUACCCUCACGGCUUUCGGUACCUGAGAUCGGGGGAUCAGGUAAUGCCGACUGUCGGGCAACAUCUCAACUGAAACUCUAGAUCGCUCCAGAGUCCGGCCCCUUUGCCGGCACUUCACGACCGCUCUCUUAUCUGACGUUAGCCACGGAUGACAAGGACACGACUGAAGAGCCGUGCGGUCCCUGCGGAGCGCCUGUGCGUGAUUUGAAUUCGCACGGAGGUUUCCCCUGUACCGAAUUUGGGGAGGAUCGAACUCGGGUCUGAACCGACGUUACACACCAACUUAUCGCUAAGCAACCUCUGCCAUGGUCGAUGCGGUGCGUUGUGACACCAUGUUGUGUUUGUUCAUAGGACCAUUCGCCCUCUGUGGUCAUGGUGCCUCGUGCGGGUAAUAAGCCAGUUUGUGCCAGAAAGCGUUGGUGUAGUCGGUCAGCAGAGUCAAGCGGCCCUGUGCGAUCUGCAGCGUUAGCUACAGCAUUGAAGUCUCCCGCCACAACCAGGUGUUGUUCACAGGCGCUGGUGUGUGUCAGGGUGGUCUGGCAGUAAUGGUAGAUGGCCUUGCGGAUUGCCGUGUCUUCGGGCGCGUAUACACCCAGGACUGUAAGGGGCGUGCUGCCCCGUGUGCGGAUCUGAAUGUGCGACACAUAGCCGUGUAGGGUGACUGGAGGAGUGUGGUAACACUAUUCAGGUUACUGUACCGUGUGGACACGGCAAUGGCGACGCCGGCGCUGCCUCUUUCCGUGGUGUUACGUGGAACAGAGCUGCAGUACAGGCGGUACCCUUCAUUCAUAAAGGCUCGCUUUAGUGGGUCGUGUCGGUGGCCAAGCUUAGUUUCAGUCAAAAUCACAAUAUCGGCGUUCCAGGCAGCAAGAUUGCAGAGUGUGAAGCUCAGGUUUCCCGGGGCACCUGCGGCUGUUACUUGUGAGAGUAGGCCCCGUACGUUGUGUGUGACAAGAUGUAGUGUGCGGGCCUGUGUUUGGUCUGGGCUAGGUUGUGCGGUAGUUGUGUCUUGCCGUGCUGUUGGUGCGGUUUGCUGUCGUUUGAAUAGGUCGGUGAGCGUGUUUGUGCGCCCUGUCCAGCGGGCCAGCGCUGUCCCAUUGGUGGCGGUGGCGGCGGCCAGGGCACGUAUGGUUCGUAUUUGGGCGGUUAUGUUUGGGGCGAGGCGUUGGGCAGCAUUUGUUGUGUUGUUUGGGCUUGUAGCAGUGUUCCUUUGUUCAGGUUGAGUGAUGUCUAUUUCAAUGGGGGCAUUUGUGCGGUCUGUUGGUGCUGCUGUGGGCAGUGGCCUUGCUUCUUGUGGAAAGAUGUUGUAGCAAGGGCCGAGUGUAUUGCGCACGGCCUCCAUGUCUACAGUGGGGACGGUGCCGAGGUAGUAAAUAUGGCCUUCCAUAGCACUCCAUCCAUCGUCUUCAAGGAGAGUGUUGUGGAGUGGUGUAUUUUCUGAAUCGACUAUGCGCCAUUGGCCUGCCUCAAGGCGGACUGCAUAGACAUGGGGCCGGCUAUUCAUGAGGACAUUGAAGCCAAGGCGGCGCGCCUCACGUGGUAAUGCGGCGAGUACGGAGUCUUUGGAAUGAGGGGGAUCCCCUGGUGUGUCAAAAUGUGACACGGCGCAGCGCAUGACUAAACGCUUGUUGGGAAGUGCGUUUGCAUUCCCGAUUGUGGCGUUAUAGUAAAGGUAGUGGUUGAUGAUGCUCAUGUCAAACCUGCCCGCUUGUGUGUAGGCGUUUGCCCACCCGUCGCGGUUUGGGUGUUGCAUUUGGUUCAGUACAGCUGUUACUGCGUUGGCAUGUCUCAGCACAUCGAACGGAUCAAUCCAGGAGAAUCCUAGCAUGUUAUUUAUGGCAUGGAUGCCGCAGAAUCCGAGUUGCUGUGUCUGGCGGUAGCUUGUGUUUGAGAGCCCGGGGGGGUAGUGUAGUGGCUGUGGACGGGUCGGAUUGGCGGAUUGGGCUGUUGUUUGGCGGACAGCUGGCCGGGUCUCCCAGGCCCCCCGUAGGGGUGGUGACCUUGUGGGACCCGGAAGUGGGGUGUGUGCCAUGGUGGAGUGGGGUGCACUUGUGAGCCACAGGGCAGCCUGCCCCAUGGAGGCCGAGCCAGUGACCAUAGUCGGAACCCAUGCUUGCAGGGCGGUGACCGGCUGGUGGUCUGUGCAGAGAGAUGGGAGGUGUGUGUACAUUGCACACAAGGUGAUUAGCAUGGCUACUGUGCCUAUGACGGCAUUUCUGUAUGGCCAUAUGGCUGGUGCAUGCCUGCGGGCCAGGUGUGCGCUGUACAGGAGCAUUGCCAGGGCCAGAAUAGUGCCGUCAGUUGCAAUUGUUAGUGCGGCGAUCCCGAGUGGGAUGGCGGCUGCACUGUAGAAAAGCAUAAGGAAGCAGAAUGGAGUCAUAGCGAGGCUGAUGCAGAGCGGUCCAAUAAGUAGAGUGGUCAGCGCAGCCCCAUUGGCAUACAGCUCUGUUGCCGCUGUCGUCGUGUGUGUUUUCCUGCCAGCAGCACGUAGGUGUUUCAAGAGCAGGAAGGCAAGCAUGACAGUAGCUAGUGCCGUUGUGCCAAUUAUGAGAGCAUUCAGUGUAAGUCGUGUGCACG